AUGGGAAAAGGUGAAGACUCAAAUGGAUCCGAGGAUGGAGAUUCAUCAAGCGGUUCAAAUAAAUAUAAUUCAUCAUCGACUACUGAAGCCAGCAAAAUGUUAGAAGCUGCUUUAUUACAAAUGGAUGGAAUAAUAUCAGGCACAUGUGCAGACACAACAGAUGGAUCGCAUUCCUUGUGCGAUUGGCGAGAGAUGGAAAAUUGGAACGGGAAAGAUUUGCAUCCGAUAAUUGAAGAGGAAGAUAAGUCUAAAGACUCAAUAUCAGAAUCAGAUAGUUCGACUAUAAAAAACUGGAAGAACCACUGGCGUCGUCAACUUUAUAGUCAAAACAACGCUGACGAAGAUGAAGACUUCCAAGACUACGACGAAGACAUAGACGAAGAAUAUUCCUCCCAAACUUCAACAGAGUCUCUAAAAAAGUGCGAUGACUCAUUCAGGUCCAGUUAUUUCUCUUCGAUAAAAUCCGCCAAGAGCAAGAAAAAAAUCACCCCUGAGUCCGUCGCUAAGGAGAUAAAUGCCAUAAAGAGGUGCAACGGGAGUAAAACGCUUAAUAAACAGUACAAGAAGAACUAUAAUAGUGCGCGAUUGAUCAACAACAGUCGCUUAAUUAACCUAAACACUUGCGGGGCGAAUAUUGGGAACGGAGGUGCUGGUAGUAAUAAUUGUGCUAGUGGCUCGUUGGAUAGAAGAAGAAAGCGGUUACGCAAUCGCAACGAACGCGACCAACGCGCUAAAUCGCAGAGUGAUUUGUGUUAUGAACGCGACCGCGUGACGCCGGUUCAUUAUUGCUCGUUACAGCAGUUUCACUGUCAGUACUCGAGUAAUCCGUGUAUUAAUUGCUUCAAUAAUAAUACUGAGGAACGAUUAAGAAAAUUAGAGAAUGACCGCGCUGGACUCAACAUGGAAGUUGCGGUUCUAUCCGAACAAGUUGACGCGCAAUCGAACAAAAUAAUGGAACUGGAACAUUUACUCCAAGAAAAGAAGAAUUGCCUUCGUCAAUUAGAUGAUGCAUUGCAGCAAGAAAUUUUAUCAAAAAGUGCCCUAGAGACUCAAAAAUUAGAAUUACUAACCUCACUUUCCGAAAUGAAGUUAAAACAAGCGAGUUUGGAGCACGAAAAUAUGACACUGCGCAAUUCCGCUUCCCUCGCUAAUGGAGAAAAAUUCAGCCGACAUACUGGGCAGUACAGCAGUUUGCCCCGUCCGCCGACAGUUCCAAAGAAAGGCGUAGCAUUUGGUAAGAAAUUGUCCGGAACAUCGACACCCCAGUCACAAUCGCAGUCUAGUUUACCGACAAUUAUUUACAACCCGGGUUUAUUGUCGCAAUCGCAAAUGCAAUUACAGUCCCAAUCAAUUUCUCCGCCGGUCAAUGUCAGAGGAAUCAUCUCUUCACGAUGUUUGUCCGCACCACAUUUAGCUGAAGAAGACAAGAUUAUAGCGAACGAAUCGGUGAAUUCGCCGCAAAAACAGUCUCAACGACAACACGAACAAUUUUAUAACAAACAAGAAGAAAUCGAGUCGGUUUCGGUGAUAUCAAAGUCGCUCAAAGAUUUGUCGAUGGAAGAAGUUGAGUAUUGGCUCGCGCAAUUGGGGUUAGAAUGCUACUCCGGCGAACUGAGGCGCUGGGGCGCCACUGGUCCUAAAUUACUGGACUCCACGCCGCAUCAGAUUGAGAAAGAAUUGGAUAUUAAGAAUUCAUUGCACAGGAAGAAAUUAAUGUAUGCUAUUGAGUGCGAACGAUGUAAUGGUGUUGGAUUUUUGGGAUCUGAAAAGAUGGACAAUUCAGCAGUAUUGCGUUGGCUAGACGAUAUAGGUCUCCCUCAACACAAAGAAUCCUUUCAAAGCGCAAAAGUAGACGGCCGAGUAUUGCACCGCUUGACGACAGAAGAUCUGCUGAACCUCGGAGUAAAUGCGCAGCUGCAUGCCGCGAGCCUGCGCCGUGGAAUCCAAGUUCUUCGCGAGCUGAAUUUCGAGUUCGAUAACCUAGAACGCAGAUCAUUAACCGGAGAUGGCGCUGAUGGCAGCAAUAUCGCGCUCUGGACGAACCAUCGAGUAAUGGAGUGGCUCAGAGUUGUCGAUUUAGCGGAGUACGCGCCUAACUUAAGGGGCUCCGGCGUUCACGGGGGACUGAUUGUCCAUGAGGGCCGCUUUACUACCGAGUUACUGGCGGCCAUUUUGAGCAUCCCGCCAUCUAAGACGCUUCUAAGAAGACACCUUACAACUCACUUCAAUGAUAUCUUAGGGCGCGAUGUUGUCCAGCAUAAAAGGGAAAUAGAGAAUACGCUUGGAUUUGUGCCACUUACUCUUACUGCUAGGUUAAAGGUCGCAAAGAAGUCACAGUUUACCUUAAAGCGAAAGAAGAGUAAAAGCGAAGUAGACUACGCGAACUUAGUCUGCCCUCUAGAGGCUUCACCACCAGAUUUGGAAAUCGUUGAGCACCGGAAAAUAAUCGGCUGUAUUUAA